AUGAGCUCCCUGUUGCCUUUUGACAGCGUGCUAUGUAAUCUCCUGGGCCUGUCUGUUACACUCUGGUUCACCCUUCUCCUGGUCUUCAUUAUCGUACCUGCUAUCUUUGGGGUUUCAUUUGGCAUCCGCCGGUUGUACAUGAAAACCUUGCUCCGAAUUUUCACGUGGGCGACCUUGCGAAUUGAGAGAGGCGUGAAGGAAAACAGUCAUGCCCUGUACAAACCUUUAACUAAUGGGAUUAUUGCUAAAGACAGCACAUCCCUAGAGAAAGGAAUAUAUGAGAUGCGAGGAAGUGGACGUUCCCACGAUGGUCCAGAGUUUGAGCUGUCGGAUAUAUUCUACUUCUGUCGGCAGGGCAUGGAGAGCAUCAUGGACGAUGAGGUGACUAAGCGCUUCUCAGCAGAGGAGCUGGAGACGUGGAAUCUUCUGAGCAGAACCAACUACAACUUCCAGCAUAUCAGUUUACGACUCACUGUGCUAUGGGGAUUAGGAAUGUUAGUUCGCUACACCUUUCUACUGCCACUCAGGAUUGCUUUGGCUAUCACAGGGGUCAGCCUUCUGGUGUUUGGAACAACUGUAGUAGGAUACCUACCAAAUGGCUGGUUUAAGGAGUUCCUCAGUAAACAUGUACAUCUGAUGUGUUACCGAAUCUGUGUGCGUGCCCUCACAGCCAUUAUAACUUAUCAUGGCAGCGAAAAUCGUCCCAGGAAUGGUGGCAUUUGUGUGGCCAAUCACACAUCUCCGAUUGAUGUUAUUAUUCUUGCCAGCGAUGGAUAUUAUGCCAUGGUAGGACAAGUACAUGGUGGUCUGAUGGGAAUAAUCCAGAGGGCCAUGGUAAAGGCCUGUCCACAUAUCUGGUUUGAGCGUUCAGAAGUCAAAGAUAGACUUCUUGUUGCUAAUAGGCUAACCGAUCAUGUGAAAGAUGAGAGUAAACUGCCAAUCCUUAUAUUCCCCGAAGGCACCUGCAUCAAUAACACAUCUGUUAUGAUGUUCAAGAAGGGAAGCUUUGAAAUAGGAGCCACGGUAUAUCCUGUGGCCAUCAAGUAUGACCCACGCUUUGGCGAUGCCUUCUGGAACAGCAGUAAAUAUGGAAUGAUCACCUACCUCCUGCGAAUGAUGACCAGCUGGGCCAUUGUGUGCAGUGUCUGGUACCUUCCACCUAUGACGCGACAGGAGGAUGAAGAUGCAGUGCAGUUCGCAAACCGAGUGAAGUCUGCCAUUGCUCGGCAAGGGGGACUUGUUGAUCUGCUUUGGGAUGGAGGACUAAAAAGAGAAAAGGUGAAAGAGGCAUAUAAGGAGGAGCAGCAGAAAUUGUACAGCCGCAUCAUCUCUGGAAACCAGGAGAACCGGAGUCGCUCCUGA